CCUACGUGGGGCGACUAUGAAGUAGUUAGCUGUCAACAAACUCAAGCCGCAACCUUUCGACAAUUUUCACGUAUAAAAGGCAAUAUGCGUCGACACCAGACUUGAGAUUUAACGGAGAGAUGUUACAGCUUUCCUGAGUAUUUUGGACCGAAGAAGAAUUCACAUAAAUUCUUUAUUGUAUUGUUGACUUACUAGCUCGGUAGCUAGCUAAGUUAGCUAGAGAGCUUAUUGAAUUGAACUAACUUAGUUCCGCCGCUAACCUUAGUGUAGCUCUGCUCGCAACCUUUCUGUUAUUCCUUUAUGUGAGUAUCAGCCACCGAAACAGUCGGUAAGUUUGGUUUACUUUGAGCUAGUUUUUAUUGUGUUGUUAGCAAAAGCACAAUACGUUACCGUUAAGCUAACCUCUGGUGACGUGAGGCAAAGGGAAUGUCGUGCCGUGGUGACGGCAGCCAACGUUAAAAUAACGUAUCCUGUAAGUUAAUAAUCACUGCUGGCCUCAUAAUUUAAGACAUUUAGCCCACUUUGUUAUACAAUGCACGUCUUAAGAAACACGAGGAGGAGAGAAAAGUUACUAACAAUUUUUGGUCUCCAUAAACCGACUAACGUGUUUGUUAAAUACAGUGUCCGGUCUUUGCUUGUUUCACGUUUUUAUCACCAUACUUUUUGUCUUCGGUUUUAGUCAUAACCAUAAAUACAAAUACAACCAAAAAAUAGUUGUUUUUUGCAGCAUUGAGAUUUUGAUCACUGUAACUGUUACUUACACAACUUUACUGCACUGACUUUUCAUUCAGCUGUUACGUUAACAACCUUUAUUUUUCAGUAUACUCUUUUUAUCCUCCUCGUCUAGUUUGACCAGAGUCAUCUCAGUCCACACAUGUUGCUUUCUCUCCAGUUGAAUUGUCUCUCAGACAGUAUUUGUAUUUGAAGUCAAGCCCACUUGUGUCUCUUGCCUUUAUUCUGACAGUUGUCCCCUUCUUCUCCUUGUCUUCCUUUUUGCUCUACUCUCUCGCUCUCCUCUGUGCCUCUCUGUUCAUUCCCUGUAACGUCUGAUAGUUCGGUGCCUCCAUAAGUCCCCGGCAUGGCUGACAGCAGCAUACUGACGUUAGGGACAGCUCGGAGUCUGUUGGUGGAUACUUCGGUCUAUGAUUCGAGGAUUGCAGAAACCACCAAGGACCAUGUAUUUCUGGGCAUGGCCUGUAACGAUGAGGAAGAUAUGCUGCCAAAAGUGGAGACGAGGGUUGUUCUUGUGGGAGCAGCAGGCAGAAAUGGAGCGCUGGUCAAAGCACUGCAGGCCAUCAGAGUAAUGGAGGUACCGGUGGUAAAGAUAAGAGAAGGCGAUGCAGGUGCCGAGGAGAAAAUGAUGAUAAAAUCUAUAGUCAAUAUGGACAUCAACACCCCAUGCAUACUGACGGACGACGUCCAGGAGUUGGGAGAUGGAGAGAACACUGAUUUUGAGACGGUGUUCGUCCUCGCAGACUUCGAUUCUCCCGACUACAACUACCUCUACAAACGCGACAACCGCAUUGUUGGGCCUCCCGUCGUGCUGCACUGUGCUGCCAAGGAGGAACCUCUACAGUUUUCAUGUCGUCCUCUCUACUGCACCACAAUGUUGAACCUGUCGCUGUGUUUCACCGGCUUCAGGAACAAAGAGGAAAUGAAGAAGUUGGUGAAUCUGGUUCAUCACAUGGGUGGAACCAUCCGGAAAGACUUCAGCACCAAGGUUACUCAUCUCAUCGCUUACUCCACUCAUGGAGAGAAGUACAGGCUGGCAGUGUGCAUGGGGACGCCCAUUCUGACUCCAUCAUGGAUUCAUAAGGCCUGGGAGAGAAGAGAUGAAGUGCACUUUUGCGCAGGAGAAGAGGAGUUUCGAACGGAGUUCAAAGUGCCUCCGUUCCAGGACUGCAUCCUCAGUUUUUUGGGUUUUUCAGAUGAAGAGAAGGCCAACAUGGAGGAGAGGACUCUGAAACACGGUGGCAGUUCUCUUCAGGUUGGAGAUGAGAGGUGUACACACAUGGUGGUGGAGGAAAACUCAGUAAAGGAGCUGCCAUUUUCUCCCAAGAAACUCUAUGUGGUCAAACAGGAGUGGUUCUGGGGCAGCAUUCAGAUGGACGCUCGGGCCGGAGAGUCCAUGUACUUCUACGAGAAGAACGACAGCCCCGCCAUGAAGAAGGCAGUGUCCCUCCUGUCCCUCACCACCCCCAACAGUAAUCGCAAGCGUCGGCGCCUCAGGGACACGCUGGCUCAGUUCACCAACGAGACAGAGAUCUCCCCCUUCCCUCCGCCACGCAAAAGGCCGUCAGCAGAGCACUCCCUGUCCAUCGGGUCUCUGCUGGACAUCUCUAAUACCCCUGAGACAUGCAAGGCCUUGGCAGAUAGUUCAAAGCCAUCCAAGAGCUCGACUCCGGUUCUGUCCAAGCAGUCAGCCAGGUGGCAGGUCUCCAAGGAGCUCUACCAGACUGAGAGCAACUAUGUGGACAUUUUGAGCACCAUCAUACAGCUUUUCAAGCUUCCAUUGGAGAAAGAGGGGCAGGUGGGUGGACCCAUCCUGGCUCAAGAAGAAAUGAAGACAAUAUUUGGCAGCAUCCCAGAAAUCUACGAUGUUCACACUAGAAUAAAGGGUCACCUUCAGGAGCUGCUGACGGACUGGUCAGAGGACAGGAGUGUAGGAGAUAUCAUUCUCAAAUAUUCUAAAGAGCUGGUGAAGGCCUACCCACCCUUCGUCAACUUCUUUGAAAUGAGCAAGGAGACAAUUGUUCAUUGUGAGAAACAAAAGCCACGCUUCCAUGCUUUUCUCAAGAUUAACCAGUCUAAGCCAGAUUGUGGCAGGCAGACGCUGGUGGAGCUGCUCAUCAGACCUGUACAGAGACUGCCCAGUGUGGCCCUUCUCCUUAACGACAUAAAGAAGCAUACGUCGGAUGACAACCCAGACAAGAUAACGCUGGAGAAAGCAAUCGAGUCUCUGAAAGAAGUCAUGACUCACAUCAAUGAGGACAAGAGGAGGACUGAAGGCCAGAAGCAGAUCUUUGAUGUCGUUUAUGAAGUGGUUGACUGUCCUGCCAACUUGCUGUCGUCCCAUCGCACUCUGGUUCACCGGGUAGAAACGAUCGCCCUGGGAGACCAGCCUUGUGACCGUGGGGAACAUGUCACACUCUUCCUCUUCAACGACUGCCUUGAGAUCGCGAGGAAGCGACACAAGGUGAUCAAUACAUUUAAGAGUCCGCUGGGACAGACGAGACCACCACCCCCGCUCAAACACAUCGCACUGAUGCCGCUGUCCCAGAUCCGCAGAGUGCUGGACCUGCAGGACACGGAAGAGUGUGUGAAUGCAUUCGCCUUGGUGGUUCACCCUCCAACUGAACAGGAGAACUUGUUGUUCAGCUUCCAACUGGCCGGGGAAGAAACGGUUAAAAGCGCCUGGCUGCGAACUCUGUGCCGCCAUGUCGCCAACACCAUCUGCAAGGCUGAUGCGGAAGACCUGAUUCAGUGCACAGACCCAGACUCACUACAUGUCACCACCAAGGAUAUGGACAGCACCCUGAGCAAAGCCUCCAGGGCCAUCAAGAAGACCUCUAAAAAGGUGACCAGGGCCUUUUCCUUCACCAAGACCCCAAAGCGUGCGAUCCAGAGGGCGUUCAUGGCCAACAGUACUCCAGAUGAGAAAACCCAGAGGCUGAGCUGUGAAAACCGCCUCGGCAGCAGCUCCACGCUGGCUGCACACCACUCCCCCUCCAUGGUCAAUCUGCCUUCCAUGUUUGAGAGGAAGUACCACACAUUCAGUCGUUCCACCACCCACCUCUUUUGAGAGCACCAGCCACCUCCCAUCUCUCCGUCUCCUUAAACAGCAAGACCCGACCCGACAGGUGUGCGCGUCCAACAUGGAAGCUUCCUGUCAAUUAAUGGCAAACUGGCAUUUGUCCAUCCUGGAGCUCCUCGCACACUUUUCAAAUCCAGAGGAAAUGUUAAGCCACAUUUUGACAAACACACCAGCUACUGUCAGUGCUUCAUAGCUGAGACUUGGGCUAAGAAGGAUUGAAACAAUUAAGAAGUUGUUCAUCAACUUGAUGCCCAACAUAUGAUGCAUGCAGCUAAAACUGGUCUGUCUGUUGCUGAGAACGCGCAUCCGACAAAGCACUUUGGUGCUUCUUUUCCAAACAUGUGCACUGCUUGCGUUAACACUAGGGCUAGCUGGAGGAGCUAGCUGGAGGGGCUAGCUGGAGGAGCUAGCUGGAGGAGCUAGCUGGAGGAGCUAGCUGGAGGAGCUAGCUGGAGGAGCUAGCUGGAGGAGCUAGCUGGAGGAGCUAGCUGGAGGAGCUAGCUGGAAUGGUACUGCGCCAUGCUGGGGGCCACGUGUGUGUGACAUCACCUCUGUAAUGUAAAGCUUGCUCUGCCCGUAGAAAAUGAAGGAUGCUCCGCUUUUUGUCAGAUGUUAAUGGAUUAUCUCAACACGAUUUGAUUUUUUUUUUUUUUUUUGAGUAAUGUACUUUACAACACACACAUUUUGUGCUAGUACAUUCAGCUUCCUGGUUGGUACCAUUGUUGGCAGACACAACUGCAUGUCCUCUGGUCUAAAUGGGGACUUCGUGCUGUCCCUCGAUGCUAUUUGUGUUCUCUAGUAAAUUAACAUUUCAUUUUCGAUGAUUAUCUAUUUCUAUUUAACAAAUGCAUUUAAUGUUGUUUUAUUGUAGUGGGGUCGACUUCUUUUCACCUGAGAUAAUAUCACUUCAUUUAAACCUGAUAGUUUCCAGCUUUUAUAAAGCUUCUAUUUUAACUUUUGAGAGAUUGCCUUGAAUAAAAGCGGCUGUACACGUUUUUAAAGGAGCUUUUUACAGCGCGUCUGUGUGUUUUAGAAGGAAUGCUGCGUACAUAUUUAUUCUUGAAUUCUUUUUUAUGUUUUCCACUUUCAUGCCUGUUUUUCUCUCAUUCUGUUUCAUUGAGCUUCUAUUGUCUCCUGUUGUUUUAUCUGUAUUAAAUGCACUUAAACAUGUACCUGAAGAUUUAAGCUGUUUUUAUUUUGUACUCUGCUGUAUGUCUUUUAUCACCUGCACAUUAUACUCAUUUCACCACGUCAUCGUAUUUCCUCUUUAUGUUCCAGACUGUGUGUAGAUUCUGCCACAACGAUCCUUCUUUGCAAUCGCCGAUAUAAUUGAUAGUUAUCCGAUAAAGCUGCUUUAUUGGGGCUCAAAAUGUUUGACUGGACAAAGUCUUGGAGCUUCCUUGAGUUUGGGCUCUUUGAAGGCCUGUUUGGGAUUUGCAUACUACUUUGAAGAGAGCUCAUCAUUGCUCCUCAGUGCUCGUCUGUACUUCUUGCUCAUUUGAUGUAGGAGUUGGUUUAGAAGUUUCUGGAUCCCCCUAGACAAAAAAAGUGCGCUUCCCCAGUUUCCCUCAAACUCAUAAAUCACAGCUGCUGUUUUAAAUUCACUUUUGAGCCGGCAGUCAGUGGGGUCUUUGAAGAAAGUAAACCUAGUGCACAAAUACUGACAAGUAGUCAGAACUGCUAACCAGCAGGUAUUUAGUUUAAAGUGCUGGUGUAACCUGCAGCAGCAGCAUGACGGUCCUCUAAUACUGCAAUGCCUCAUCGAUCCCUCCAGGAGAACUUCCAGACUCUUGGGGGGGGGGAAUGAAAAUAAAAAGUUGAUGAA